UAUACACAACUAACCCAAAAAAUAAAAAUAAAAACUGAUAGAGACAAAGAAGACAGCUAUAAGGUGUGUAAAACACCCGAUUACCCAACCGUGAUGAGCAUCUUCUAAUUUCUUCAAUGGUGAUCAAUGCUCACUUUUAAUUCAUGCACCUUUCCUUCUUAAUCACUCUUUUACUUCACAACCUCUUUAUUUAACUACCUUCUUCUUCUUCUACCCAUUUUUUCUCAACCACUGCUUCUUCUUCUUCUGACUUCUCCUUUGUAAUUUUCACCAUGGUGGAUCUCGGCCCCAGGUCUGAGAUUUCAUUCGCUCAAACUUUUUUAUGCAGUGCUUUCGCUGCCUGUUUUGCUGAGUUUUGCACCAUUCCUUUGGACACUGCUAAAGUAAGGUUACAGCUCCAAAGGAAAGCAGGUACUGUGGAUGGAGCGAAAUCAGAUACAGUGGAUGGAGGAGCUUCACCAAAAUACAGGGGUUUGUUGGACACUAUAGCCACCAUUGCCAGGGAAGAAGGUUUAGCUUCACUUUGGAAAGGCAUUGUUCCCGGAUUACAGCGCCAAUGUCUUUAUGGUGGAUUAAGGAUUGGGUUAUAUGAUCCUGUCAAGACUUUCUUUGUUGGCAGUGCUUUUGUUGGAGAUGUUCCUUUGUAUUAUAAAAUACUUGCUGCUCUGAUAACUGGAGCUCUGGCUAUCGCAUUGGCAAACCCAACUGACCUUGUGAAAGUUCGACUUCAAGCUGAAGGAAAAUUGCCUCCCGGGGUUCCCAGACGCUAUUCUGGAGCUCUUAAUGCAUAUUAUACUAUAGUUAGACAGGAAGGAUUAGGGGCUCUAUGGACUGGACUGGGACCAAAUGUAGCCCGAAAUGCUACAAUAAAUGCUGCUGAGCUGGCUAGUUAUGACCACAUGAAGCAGACAAUUUUAAAAAUUCCAGGGUUCAGGGACAAUAUUUUCACUCAUCUCCUAGCUGGUUUAGGUGCAGGUUUGUUUGCCAUAUGUAUUGGUUCUCCCAUUGAUGUGGUGAAAUCUAGGAUGAUGGGAGAUUCAAAUUAUAAAAACACCCUUGACUGCUUCUUUAAAACUUUGAAAAGCGAGGGAAUUUUGGCCUUCUACAAAGGUUUCCUCCCAAACUUAAGUCGGUUUGGAUCUUGGAAUGUGAUUAUGUUUCUCAUGCUUGAGCAAACGAAGAGAUUUUUGACUGGGGCUCCAUGAUGGAAUGGUAAUGGGAUCCGCAGAUUAACUCCCAUUUUUUUUCCUCACGAGAGAUUGUUAUAUUGGAUCUUACCUACUUUCUUUUCAACUUGGCGAUUCUUAUUUAUAAUAUGGCCAAGUCUUUAUUACUUUGUAUCAUUUGAUGAAUUGAUGCUAGUUCCAAAAUGUAGAUUUGUCAAAACUCAUUAGUCAUUAUUACAACACUAUAUUUAAUACCCGACUAUAUAUAGAGCAUAUGUUGCUUUACGCCCUUCUGAACA